CGAUGAGCAAAGCUCCUCGGUCACGAUGGGGACCCGUCCGGUCACUACUCGUUCUGGCGCCGCUCUUCAUUGCGGGUCCAUUCUACGCAUAUCAGAAACACUAUGGCCUUCCGGAACCCGUUACUGAACUAAUCAAUCCGGCCACCUCCCUCCCCCAACUGUCCGAGGCCCAUAUCCUUGCGCAUGCGAAGUAUCUCUCGGAAGACAUUGGAUACCGUACGGUCGGCACGUCCGAGCAUGCAGCGGGUGAUGCGUGGGUGCUGAAACAGGCGGAGAUGCUCUGCGAGGAGUCCAAAGAGGUCCUGCGGGCGCACCCCGAGCGGAAAUUGCAAUGCGAGGUGUGGCAUCAACAGGGUAGCGGGAGUCAUCGGUUCGAUAUGAUGGGCAAGCGGCUGUACAAAACUUAUGUUGACCUGACGAACAUCAUCGUUCGCUUGUCGGACGGCACCGAGGAUGGCAAGAAGGACGCGGUGCUAGUGAACUCGCACGUUGACAGCACGCUGCCAUCCCCUGGCGCUGCGGACGAUGCGUUGUCCGUCGGCGUGAUGCUGGAGAACAUCCGAGUUUUGAUUCACAAGCCAGACUGGGAGCCUAAACAUGCUAUCAUCUUCUUGUUCAAUAACGCGGAAGAGUCCCUUCAAGACGGCUCUCAUCUGUUCUCCACGCAACAUCCUAUUGCGAAGACAGUUCGUGCCGUGAUUAACCUCGAAGCUGCUGGUAGCACGGGGCGGGAGCUGCUAUUCCAAGCAACAUCUGAGCAAAUGGUCAAGGCUUACUCUCACGUACCCAGGCCCCACGGGUCUAUAAUAGCACAUGAGAUAUUCAGUUCGGGCGUCUUACUUUCUGAUACUGACUUUAGACAAUUCCAACUAUACCUCAACGUCACUGGACUAGACAUGGCAGUUGUCGGUGACAGCUAUCUAUACCAUAUGCGCAAGGAUUUGGUAGAGCACAUAGAACCCGGUGUCGCUCAGCACAUGGCUGAGAACGUACACGGGCUCCUUCUGCAUCUCACGUCCUCGGACUCGCCCCUUCCCCAGCUCGCUAGCACAGGCUACACCAAGCCACAGAUCGUCUUCUUCGAGCACUUCGGAAAUUUCUUGGUUUACACCUUCACCACCGCGAAGAUUCUAUAUUCCGUCUCCUUCGUCCUUGCACUAGUUGUUGCUCGCUUUACGUUUGUCGACCCUGCGCCCGCGCUGAAGAAGAGCACGAGCUUUCUGGGCGAGCAAACUAAGGGUAUCGGUGCGGCAUCGGGAGCCUUCAUCGGUGCUGUAGUUGGCGCCAAUGCUGUCGCGUUCAUCAUGGACAAGGUCCUUGGAAAGUCCUUCAGCUGGUUCACGUCAAUUUUUGCCCCCCUCUAUCUUUACGGGCCUGCUGCGUUAUCAGGUGCAUUGGUGUCCCAGCUCAUCGUCGGUCACGUUCAGGAACAGACCGCGUUCUCCUCAAUCAUGAUCGUCCAAGGUUUCCUGGGCGCGCUGAUACAGCUGCUCGGCUUCGGCUCUAGUGCAACGCUGUUCAUGACAUCCUCUCCUAUGAUCCCAGCUCUCAUCUUGAACGCGCUAUUGACAAGCCCCGGAGACGACAUUUCACUCUGGAGUUAUGCCAUCAGCGUAGUAACACCUCUCAUAGCUGGCACGAGCAUGCUUUAUUCAGUGCUUGACGUCUUCGUUCCGUUGACCGGCCGCAUUGGCGAGGAGGCUCCCGCGGAGUUCGUCAUCGCUACCAUCGUGUCCAUCACGGGCUCGUUCAUCCUACCGUUGACCGUACCCUUCGUGCACCGGUUCAGCCGGCGUACCUUGAUUCGCCUUGCUAUCUUCACGUCUAUGGCCACAGGGUUGGCGAUGGCUAUCUUUUCUAUGCGCGCGCCAUUCGAUCCCAUGCACCAGAGAAGGCUCUUCAUCAUCCACAUGGAGAACAUUACUAGCGCUGAGCAGCAUCUACACGUCGCCGCAGCCGACGGUGCACCGGGCUUCCACGAUCUCGCUAGGGACAUCGCGAAGGAGUUCAGUGUGCCUGGCGUCACGCCGACCACAGUUGUCAUGAAUGACUGGAACAGCGAUUGGGACACAAUCUAUCCUUUCUCUGCGUUCCUGACGCCUUACAAGUUCGACCUGCCCCUUCGCGCAGAACAUCAGGACCCUUUGGACCCUGGCUUCAAGGUCACUGCCGUCAACAACACGAUAGAUGAGGUUGCUGGUACUCGGAGCUUCACACUCGUCGUGACGCACCCUAGUAUUAUCUGGACAGCAAUUGCGUUCGACGCUCAUGUGCUCAAGUGGACGUUAGACGACCAUCCGCCAGAUGAGUUCGCCCGGCACCACAUCAAGGAGGGCUCGUUCUACGGUCACGACACCUGGUCCGUGGACCUGGUCAUCAAGCUUCCGCUUGCGGACGGCAGCGCCCCCUCGGAUAGCAGCAUCAAGGUGAACUUCAUGGGUAUCCACGAGAAGGCCAUGUGGCCUGGCAAAAGGGCAGAGAAGGCCCUUGGUGGCCGAGCGAUGAAGCUGUUCGAGGAGUUCGACGGAUGGCUGGAGCGCGAGACCGGCGGCACGGUGGACGCUCUGCUUCUAGGAUGUGUCGGGGGUGUCGCUGUCGUCUAAGGCAGUCGUGGUGCAAAUGGCCAUUGUCGUAGUCGAUGGUCUGAGUCUGUUCGCUUGCAUGUGGGCUGGACACUGAUACAUCUGCUUCCAUAUGC